UCGUGUUCUCUUGAAAGCAAUGAAGGCUGCGGUGCUGAUCCAGCGCUGGUACCGACAGUAUGCGGCUCGCAUGGAAAUGAGACGCAGAUACACCUGGAACAUCUUCCAGUCCAUGGAGUACGCAGACCUUCAAGACCAGAUCAAAUUAUACAAUUUUCUUGGUUACCUGAUGGAUAACUUCACUCCAUCAAGCAGUGAACGAAAUCUGAUCUCACAUAUCUUCAGAGAUAACGAGGUUUGCAGAGAUGCAGAGUGGGAGAGAUACUUCAACUACACCAAUAUCGAUGUGCCAGAAAUCUACUCUGGUCCACGGCUAACCUUUCCUUUAGAUAUGGAUCAGGCUGCUGAUCUUGUAGAGGCCUUUAAAAACAAACAACAGCUUCACUCUCGUUACGUUCUUCAACUUCUUCUGGAAACAUGGAAGUUGCUCAGAGUGUUGCCAAAUAUCAACCGAGUCUCUACAUGCCAUAGCAAAGAAAUAACCAUUUGUGGUGAUUUACAUGGACAAUUAGAGGACUUGCUAUUAAUAUUCUACAAGAAUGGAAUGCCGUCAUUGGAGAAACCUUAUGUUUUCAAUGGAGACUAUGUGGACCGAGGCAAAGACUCCAUAGAGAUUCUGCUCAUAUUGUUUGCUUUUCUACUUGUGUUUCCUGGAGAUGUUUAUCUUAAUCGAGGAAACCACGAAGAUCACAUAAUUAAUUUGAGGAGGAGAUCCUUGGAGUCAAAAAGGUAUGGCUUCACCAAAGAAGUACUGAACAAAUACAAGCUGCAUGGGAAGCGUAUCCUCAAGUUGCUUCAGAAAAUCUUCAGCUGGUUGCCUUUAGUGACGGUAAUCGACCAACGGGUGCUGAUAGUCCAUGGAGGAAUCUCGGAUACCACCGAUCUUGCUCUGAUAGCUCGAAUAGACAGACACAGAUAUGUGUCUGCUCUGAGGCCUCCGAAGAGGAAGACUCCAUCACGCACUAAUGUAUAUGCAGAUUCAGAGCGUUAUGACGAGAUGAUCAUCUGUAAGAACAGAAGGGGCUCGCUGACCUUUCCCAAACCGUUUGGUGCUCGGGAAAGUUUUCAAAGACGCUCCCUUCAAGACUUCUCAAGCACCGUGGCUCGGACGCUUGAGGAGGAGUUUGAGGUUCGCCGUAGACAAGCAGAGUUUAGCAUGUCCCGCUUCAGCAAGUCUCACCGUAGUCUGAGCUCUACUCUGUCAUCUGACUCUGAACCAGAAUCAUCAGAGCUCAUCGACACCGGCAAUGAUGAGUGGAAACAGAUUUUGGACCUGCUGUGGAGUGACCCCAUGCCUCAGGAUGGUUGCAUUCCCAACGAGGUCCGUGGCGGAGGCUGUUAUUGGGGUCCUGAUGUCACAGAGGACUUUCUGAACAGGCACAACCUCCAGCUCAUCAUCCGCUCACACGAGUGCAAACAGGACGGAUACGAGUUUUGCCACAAUCGUAAGGUCCUGACCCUUUUCUCAGCCUCUAACUACUAUGAGGUUGGCAGUAACAGAGGAGCCUUCGUCAGGCUGGGUCCAGAUCUUGUGCCUUACUUUUUUCCAUAUCAGGCCACCAGUAUGACCCGAGGACUGAGCUUUCCACAAAAUGUAAAACGCACAGAGCACACAGCCCUCAAAGUCCUUCGAGAGCAACUGUUUGUGCACAAGUCAGAUCUCCUGAGGGCCUUUCAAGAGAUCGAUAAGGAGAACACAGGACUGAUCUGUUUGAAUGACUGGGCGAGUGCAAUCGAGCGAGUUCUUCACCUGGAUCUGCCCUGGCGAGUGCUUCAUCCUCAGCUAGUGUCCAGCACCACUGAGGGGAAGCUGGACUACCAAGGCUGGUUCCGUGAUCUUGCCCUAAAAAAGCCCAGUUCUGAGCACAUUGAGCAGACUAUGCUGGAGACACUGUAUAGACACCGCUCCACGCUGGAGACCAUUUUCAGAAUAGUGGACACAGAUAAUUCAGGUCUCAUCACUUUUGAGGAUUUCCGUCAGACGUUGAAACUGCUCAGUGCCUAUCUGAAAAAGGAGAUCUCUGAUGAGGUCAUCAAUGAGCUGGUUAUCAGCACCGACACAAAUAAUGAUGGUAGCAUUGACAUUGAUGAGUUUAUGGAGGCUUUCCGGCUGGUGGACAAAAGCAGACUCAAGAGAGGUAAAAGCCUAUUAAAGCUCAUGCAGGACAAUGAGAGCCUUCCUCAGGUGACAGAAACCCCACAGAUUGUCUACUCUACAGCUCCACAGACUUCACAUUGUCCAGCUUCACAGCCUGCAGAUCCACCAGCUUCAAAUACUACAGACUCUGCAUGCUUACAGACCGCAAAUACUCCAGCUUCACAGACUGCAGACUCUCCUGGUUCACUCACUGAAGGCUGUCCAGCUUCACAGAUGGAAGAUCUCUGCCACAUUACUGUUGUUGUUGUUCCACCACAAUAACUGCUGACUGUUGUACAGCCUUCCCUGGGUAUUUAAACCUCCGGAUUAACCUUUUUUAGACUUAAAAAUAUACUUCAGGUUCAGAAUACACCUAGAGACGUUCAGUGAUCAAUGUUCUCCAUGUUUCAUUGCUGUACUACAUUGUAUAAGCUGCUGAUAUUUCAACGAUUUCUGCAUUUGUUUUUAUGUCCCUGACAACUGGUCCAAGAUAAAGAGGCUUCUAGAAUUUGCCUUCAUUGCCUCUAACAAAUAUGUUCACACAUUCUGCAUCAAAAUGAGCCAUAAGUAUCUUGAUAUGUCCAUGACAUAAUUAUAUUUGUUGUUUGUAAUGUAUUCCAUGUGUGUAAAUGUGCUGUGCAAGUAAAUAGGUAGACAGAAAUUGAUUUUUUUUUUUUUUUUGCCUGCAACUGAGCUAUUUUUUAAUAAGAGGCAUGUUGACGUUGAGCUCUGUGCUUUAUUGCUGUAAGCAAAGGCAUUGUCCUAGAAAACGGACCUGCCAAAAAGCAGACUGAUGCUUUACUUUCUACCCACACGCUGACUGAGGGAGAUGGUUUUGUUAGUAAAAAUAACAGGUUAGAGGGGUUAUAUUCGCCGUUUUAUGUAGUCGUAAUGCUGUGAGGAAGUAUUUCCUAAGCAUUGUAUAACCAGAAAUCCAUCUCAACCAACCCAUUGCUAACCACCAAAUAUGGCAUUUUCCCCCUCAACUCUCACGUAAGACUCCGAUAAAGUAUUUAGCGAUAUUUUCUCAAAGAAUAUGAUUGUUAAUAACUGCGUUUUACCACUAGGAGGCGGCGCUGUGACAUGUCUGUGUAACGGCUGCGGUGUUUAGAGGAGUUGAGAGUCGUAUCUCUGUCUGCUCGCUCGCCCUCGGUUCUUUUGUUAACAUGAAGAGGGACUGUGUGGGCGGUGGAAGGCCUGGACAAGUACAGCUAUCAAACAGCGCUAGUCUUCACAUGUCUGCUGUGAGUCACUGCAUAUCACUAAAAUGUGUUUUUUUUUUUUUGUCAAGUUUCGUCAAACCUCCCACUCCAUACCUCACUUUAACAUCAGAGGUUAUUGCCACAUUUGUGGUUUCGACACUCCUUGUGGCCAAAUGGGUUGGUUCUUUUAACGGCCAAGACCUUUUACAUCUAGGUUAUUCAAGUGACUGAUGCAGGACAAGCGUUGCUUAAUUUCAUCGGUUGCUAGACCUUGAGUAGUAGACCAUCGGGUAUAACGAGUGACAAAACCCUUAAGGCCUUCAACUGGGGUUCAGUGGAAUGUCACAAAUCAAGACAUUGACAAAGUAAAUCUUCCACUUUGGACAAAUAUGCUGAUUUAACCAUGGCCAUGCUGCUCCUCAAUAAAGAGGAAAUGAAUAUUAAUAAUUAUUGUCAUUAUUUACUCACUACAUUACCAUUCCAAACCCUAUAAUAGUAGGCUUUAGUAGACUUGGGAAAUAGGGCAUUGAUAGUCAUAUGGACCUUUUUUUUUUUUUUUAGUUUGUUUGUUCUUUCAAGAGCUUGAUAGAGAUGCACAGAAUAGUUGUUAUAUGGAAAAAUCUGUGUAAACAUUCUUUGUUUUUAUUCAUGUUUCCCCCAAAAUAACAUCAUUUAACACUAAAGUUUUCAUACAGGGAUUUGGGAACAUCAGUGGUGAAGAUACACUACAGUAAUAUAUAUAAUUGAUUGAUUGAUUUUCAUAUUUAUAAUGUUACAGAAGGUUUCCAUUUCAAAUAAAUGCAGUUCUUUUGAACUUUCUAUUCACAAAAUUAUCAAAUCAUAAAAAAUAAAUCACUGUUUCCCCAAAUGUAUUAAGCAACUAUUUUGAACAUUGUAAUAAAAAGUAUUUUUGGGCAGCAAAUCAACAUAUUACAAUGAUUUAAGGAUUAUGUACCACUGAAGAAAGGAAUAAUAGCUGCUGAAAAUUUUUACAGUAUGUGAAAGUUGAAAAAAAGCAGUUUUACUAUUUUUUAUGUAUUUUGAUCAAAUAA